CUCUUCCAUUUUCCCAAGAAACAAACGACUCUUUCUCAUUCUAUCACUUCUUCAAUCAAACCCUCUUCGAGAUCAAUCGCUUACACCAAUACCCAGUUGUUGUAAUUCCCAUAUUAAGAACCGAUGAUUUCUUCAAUUAAACCGGUUUCAUCUUCCUUAACCGCAAUCGCCGGCGUUAGACGAUCAAUUCCGGCAAAGCUUCAAUUUUCACCCUUACCCAUUAUCGGAAACUUCCAAAAGCCUAAGCCUUUACCUCAGAAGGCUCUUUUAUCAUCUCAGAAUUUGUCGAAUUUCCCUUUGGCGGCGGCGGCGGCGCAGAGGAGUGAUGUUUUUAGCGUUGGAGCUUACGAGGCUGAUCGGUCUCGUCCGAUUGAAAUCGGUAUCGAAGUUCCUGACGAACAAUCAGGACAGAAGGUUAAGAUUGGGAUCUAUUUCGCGACUUGGUGGGCAUUGAACGUUGUGUUCAAUAUCUACAACAAGAAGGUUUUGAAUGCUUUUCCUUACCCGUGGCUAACUUCAACGCUUUCUCUUGCUUGUGGCUCUUUGAUGAUGCUUGUCUCUUGGGUCACUGGAGUUGCAGAAGCUCCUAAAACCGAUCUCGAUUUCUGGAAAACUCUGUUCCCGGUGGCUUUGGCGCAUACGAUUGGACAUGUAGCAGCGACAGUUAGUAUGUCUAAAGUGGCAGUGUCCUUCACACACAUAAUCAAAAGCAGUGAGCCAGCCUUUAGCGUCCUUGUCUCAAGCCUCUUCUUAGGCGAGGCGUUCCCUUUACCUGUUUACCUCUCCCUCUUACCCAUUAUUGGAGGAUGUGCUCUCGCUGCAGUCACGGAGCUCAACUUCAAUAUGAUCGGGUUUAUGGGAGCUAUGAUAUCGAAUUUGGCGUUUGUGUUUCGUAACAUAUUCUCAAAGAAGGGGAUGAAGGGGAAGUCAGUGAGUGGGAUGAAUUACUAUGCUUGCUUAUCUAUGAUGUCUCUUCUCAUUGUCACUCCUUUCGCCAUUGCCGUGGAAGGUCCCCAAAUGUGGGCUGCUGGUUGGCAAAAUGCUAUCUCCCAAAUCGGUCCAAACUUUGUCUGGUGGGUAGUGGCACAGAGUGUGUUCUACCAUUUGUAUAAUCAAGUCUCAUACAUGUCCCUCGACCAGAUUUCGCCCUUGACAUUUAGCGUUGGAAACACAAUGAAGCGGAUCUCAGUCAUCGUCGCCUCAAUCAUCAUCUUCCAAAACCCAGUUAAACCUGUCAAUGCCCUUGGUGCUGCCAUUGCGAUUCUUGGAACUUUCAUCUAUUCUCAGGCGAAGCAGUGAGGGAGUUGACGGAGGACCGGUUUUCACAGGGUAGUUUGAUGCACCAAGAUACUGAGAGCAGAGGACAAGAGAUGAUUUCUGUGAAGAUCUCAUGAGGGUUAUGUAAUCGUUGGAUAUGCGCAAAUGGAGUUGGAAGAUCAAACACCUUAACAAAUCUUGGCCUACUUC